AUGGGUCAUAGUGGGGUUGGUCGGUCUCUUUGUUGGGUCAUUGGGAGCACCAAAAAUUCCUUUAUUCAAAGUCAUGGAUCAAUAAGUGCUAGAGAAGUCUUAAUAACAGCAAACGAUGAAAAAUUGCGCGAUCCUGAUGGGUACGAGGCUAUAGCACAGUUACAUCAUCAAAUGGAUGACGAUCAGUCGGGUUCCAUUGAUCGGUUCGAAUCAACAGAUUUCUUGAAAGAAGAUAUGCAAUUGGGAGGUUUAGAUAGGGCCAAGCGAGAACGUGCUUUCCAUCAUAACCACGAUGAAUUAAUAACAGUGGAUGAUUUAUGGGAGGCGUGGUUUGCAUCUGAAGAGCGCUCCUGGACAGCAGCUGAUAUGGUGAAUUGGUUGGAAAAUACAGUUCGCCUUCCGCAAUACUCAUCUGUUUUUAUUGGAAUGGAAAUUGACGGUCGUGCUUUACCCAGAAUGGCUGUUGCUAAUUCUACCUAUUUGUCGUCUGAUUUGGGCAUCAAGAAUUCGGUGCAUAAGCAGAAAUUGCGUUUAAAGGCAUUAGAUGUCGUUCUUUUUGGUUUUAGCGGCGGUAAUUCGUCUCGGUUUAAAGACAUCGUUUUAUCAGUCUUAGUAAUUGUACUAGUUACGGUGCUUCUUGUUCUCAAAAUACAGCGAACACAAUCCCAUAUGCAAAUGGAGAAGUUGACGGCGAAAUUAUCACAGCUGAAAUCAAUGCAAAGCCAUUUUGAAGAUGUUCAGCAGAAAUUUGAGGAAGAACAAAAAAAAAGACAGUCGAGUCGAGGUGUGCCAGAAAGCGAACAAGUUGAAUCGUUGAAGUCACAACUUAUGGAAGCUGAGCGCUUAUUGGAAAGUUCUGGUUCGGCUCCUCUUGCUUUGCAACCACUGUUAAGAAGCAAAAAGUUAAAGCGCCAACUUGUCAGGUUAGACAGACAGCCUACUUUAAGAGGUCGGAACAAAGUUUUUACUGAGGCCUUGACUGUUCUAAGGACCUGUGAAUUAGAAGUGAGUUAUGUUGGUCAGCAACGGAUGGAAUGUAUUGCUGAGAUGAGAGAAGCAAUUGAACAUAUCGAUAAACUUCGGAAAAAGCAAUCAGGCAUUGUUUCCUCUAUCAAACUUGCUACGGGUGCUUCAUCGGGAACAGAUCACAUCGAUUCGCGCAUUUUUGCUUUAAAAGCCCGAAUGGAGAAAAUCUCAUUGGCGAUGAGUGAAUGUCAUCAGCGAUGGAUUGAAAUUGAAUCACUUUGUGGUUUCCCGUUGGUUCCUACAUCAGUUACUGCUGAAAUAAUGUUUCCUUCUACAGUGCCGAGUAGUGUGUUACCAAGAAGCGGAUCCUCCAGUUCGUUUUAUCGUAAAUCGGAUUUAGUUGGCGGUACAGUGACGGCAAGCAUGGCUUCAUCUUCUACAUCUGGAAAUAGUCCGCCUGUUAUAAUCGAAGCUCCUUCGGAUGUUGGCGGUCUAACAUCACCACCUAUUUGCUCAUGUACGUACGAAAGUUUUACACCUGCGGGAGCUCGAUAUUCGGAUUAUUCAAAUUUGCAAAAACCCAUUUACGACAAUAUCAGUGCUUCAAGACCUUUAAAAUUUGUGACCGAUAGCAAUCAACCACUUCAGCAUUCCAUAUCUGCUGUAUCAUUUAGCAAACCUCGGCAUCUUGGAUCUGUUGCCGAAAUGCAGAAAUCCCGAAAACAAAGCGUUGGUUCUCUUAUGGGAGCUAUUACUGAUGCUGAGUUUUCAUCCUCAGCUUCAACAGUUAAUAAAACCGGAAAUCACAAAGGAUGGGCUUUUGUACUUUUUACAGAUUCUGAGGUAGCACAGUUAGCCGCUGAAGCUAUGGACGGUUAUCUAAUGUUCGAAAAACGAUUGGAAUGCAAAAUAAUAAAAAAUAAGAAUUUUCCGCCUUGUUUAUGUAAAGGACCGCGAAUAAUUUCGCCGCCGCUAAAAUAUGCUAGUAGGAAGCGUCAUGCGAAGAAACUAAAUAAGAUGCAAAGUGGAUGGUGCGAAGAAAUGGCGGAAAAACGAUUGCUGAAGAAAAUGAAGAUUAGAAGAAAUAAAUUUGCUGAACUAGGUUAUCAAUUACCACCUAUUGUUGGACUGUCGGAAACGAAGCAAAUCAUGCCAAUGAAGGAUGAAAUAAGCAUAAAAUCAGAUGAUACAGAAAGUCAAGUGAAGAGCAGUCGGAUGAUACAGAAAGCCAAGUCCAAGAAAGUAACGGAAAUUCUCGUGACGAGAAAGAUUAGAACAGAUAUGGUAAAAAGUCAACGAAAGCGACGAAAAGUGAAAUAA